GCGACGCGUCCUCACUGACACUUAACAACGGCAACACACCAGUAAACUGCAUUAGCAAGGUCGAGAGUAGGACAGUAAAGUAGACUUUGUACUUUAUGCUCGUCCAAAGAUCCCGUUUCCUUGUCUGCGGGCUCUUGCCUUUUGGAAACACCCCGGUUCAAUAGCAUUCGAGUGUCCUGCACGUCCUGAGCUGUAUUAGUGAUAGUGCGUGCAGUGAUAGCAUUUAGCUUGUUUAGAAGUCAUCAUGGCUAUGGGUGGGCUGAGAGCUUCUUACCACAGACUCCUGGGCAAGAUCGAGCAUAUCCUGCCGGCUAAAUUGAGACCUGUUUAUAACCACCCCGCAGGUCCAAAGACUGUGUUUUUCUGGGCACCGAUGUUUAAAUGGGGUCUGGUCUUAGCUGGCUUAGCAGACAUGGCACGUCCAGCAGAAAAGCUCAGUACCUCCCAAUCUGCUGUGCUGACAGCCACAGGUCUUAUUUGGUCCAGGUAUUCCCUGGUUAUUAUACCCAAGAACUGGAAUCUAUUUGCUGUAAACUUCUUUGUUGGAGGUGCAGGAGGAUCACAGCUCUACAGAAUAUGGCAGCAUAACAGGGAACUGAAGGCAAAGGAAAAAGAAGCACAGGCUUGAUAGUAGUGCCGUGUAAAGUGCACCCAGAGGACCGAAAGGGACUCUCCUUAACUGGUACCCCAGAAACUUCCUCUCCAUCAUCAGUCAUCCAGUAGAGCCUCCAGACACUUUCUUCCUGAACGGUGAUCAUCUGAUUUUUUUUUUUAAAGUUCAGGUUCAGGUCAUUUUCCCGUGCCAUUAGUACCUAUAGCAACAAUUAUUGCGGUUGUUAAAAAAACGCACAAAAUGUUACAUAUUCAUAUUAGUAUAACUGUGCAUUCUUUAAAAUGCUUGUGUUUGAAUGCAUCUAAUCCAAUGCACUUGAGUUCUUCUUGAGUAAUUUUCUUCACUCAGCCUCUGUCAUUCUGUUAACUGAAUGUCUCCAAAUAAAUUUUAGAAAAGUCAUUUCAUUA